AGACAAGAUACUCCCGAGCGGGAACCUUCGUUACCGGCACUGUGGUUUUGGUUUCUUCCCAAACGUUUCUCCCACUUUCCUCAACGGAUCAUGUCUAAACGGGACCAGUGAUUUUGACCGCUUUUAUUCACCAAACCGAUCAUAUGUACAUAGAAGAAUACAUUGAAGAUGACGAGGAACCACCUUUGCUGCUCUACUCUUGUCCUUCUCACGGUGUUUGGCUGUGGUGGGGCUGCAGCAGUGCAGUGUCGGUGGGGGGAGGGCUGUGUCUGUGUCCAAUGCCCUCCUGGACAGCAGCCUUCAAAAGCUUGUGCAGAGAUCCAGUCUCCAGCAGAAGAGGUGAGCUGUCAGUCAUGUCCAGUGGGGACCUUCUCAGACGCCCUGGAUUCUGAACUUUGCCGUCCACAUCUUUCCUGUGAGCUGAUUGGUCGAAGUGUGGCGACCCCGGGCACUGUGGCCUCAGAUGCACAGUGCGGAGACUGUCUGCCAGGGUUAUUCUCAACAGAAGGAUCCAACCAAAGUCCGUGUGUUGAAAAAACUAUGCAUUCACGGCCAGUGCGUACAGUUGCUAAGGGGACCUCGGCUGGCACAGGGGGACCAGUAAACGGCACAGUGGUUCGCAGCGCUGAAGAGAAGACCGCAGAGUAUGCUGUUUUUGCAUUGGUGCCUAUUUUCUGCGUUAUGGGCCUCUUGGGCAUCCUUAUCUGCAAUAUCCUCAAGAAGAAAGGCUACAACUGCAUGGCUGAAAAGGAGGGAGCGGACCCUGAAAUGGCCUCACCACAGAAAGACGCAAACAACUGCCCCUAUAUCUCUGAUGACAUUCUGAAUGAAGAUACCAUCAGUGUCCUGGUCCGUCUCAUCACUGAAAAGAAGGAGAAUGCUGCUGCCCUGGAGGAACUGCUGCUUGAAUAUGAGAGCAAACAGACGAGCAAAGCUUCUUCCAUUAAGUUGCCCAUGAUGUCCCCCCUGUCCACAUUCCGCUCCUUACCCAGACUGUGCCCACAUCAGUCCCACCUCCACACUAUCUCGGGCAUGUCUGGACUGGCUCCUAGACAUGGCUACAGGUGUACCCGUUGUGCCCAGAGGAAGUGGCCCCCUGUCCUCAUCCCUCCUCUGGAUGCACUUAAAGACCCCCUCAAGGCUCCCCAAUCCCUCACCCUUCCAUCCCUCAAUGUGUCUAUGGACCAGCAGAAAAGCCCCCUGCUGGCCGAAGUGUGUGUUGACGCCCCCCACCAUACACUACCUGGUGUGCCAAAUACUAUUCAGGACAAAACCGAUGGGGCUCAAGUGAAGGAACGAAAGGAAGGAGAGCUGACAGUGGUGUCUGUGGGGAGAUUUCAAGUUGCACAAAUCCCCGAGCACAAGCCUGUCAUAAGAGAACCCAAAACCUCAACUCAGGAGCAGCGCCACUCCUUUUUUGGCAUGUCUCCGUUUUCCUCUUCAUCAGUCAUCAGAAGGUGAAGAUGUCAAAAGGUGGUGCUGCAUCAUAAAAAAUGCUACCUCGCUGAUGAUGAUAACCUCAGCUAUGGUUAGCGACUAGACAGCUUGGAAGAAUAGCAGGAACAUGCCUGAACCACUGCUGAUAGAAGCUGAAACUAGUGCGCUGCCACAUGAAGAUCUUUGAACACCGUGCUGUACCAUGUAAGCAUCGCAGAGAUAUUAGAAACUCACAAACUAUUGCUUCAGGUGUAUGAUAAAUGAACAAAACACUAGCCACUGUCAAGGGGUAUUCUGCAGUGUUAUAGUAUUUCUUGUCAUUACUUUUUAUCUUUACCUAUACAAAUGGGCUGUAUUGUUUUGCUCUUCAGUUCUGCUUUUAUUCAUAAUUUUCUACUGCUGACCUUAGAACUAGUAGAGAUGGCCAAAUGAUAGUGAAUGGUUCUCCAUCAGGCAUUUUUUUUUACAUUUGUUUUAAAUUUGCUUAUGCAUCUAUAGUUAAAGGUUAGGGAUUUUAUAACAUUCACAUGUAAAUAAAUGUAUAUAAUGUAUAUAACUGGAUUGUAUACAGGGCGGUCUUUUGGGUAUUUUAACACUAGGUUUAAGGUUUGAAAUUGGCAGUGCUAGCAGUUUAUGUGCUGCCUGUGUACAUUUGAUGUUCUCAUUGAAAAAGCCAAGUAGAGAAUUGGUGGUGAAGGGAGAUUAGUAUAGUUAAGAGUCCUCAAAGUCAAGCAUCUCUCUUGGCUUUCAUUUCCAUCCUCAUGGGUCUUUGUAGCACCUUCAAGGAGAGCCCUCAUUCAUUUUCAAAUGUUCUUAUUAUGAGCUGAUGAAGGGUAUGAUGUUUAGCAUACAUUAUUUAUUUUAAAUUGUGUUAAUUUAAUCUGUUUGUAUUAUAUUUAAUAUUUUAAAGAUCAAUGCUCUCAUGUUUUGAGGUUUUGAUAGAAUGAAGAAAGUAAGAAGUUUGCAUUUCUUUGACAUUUUUAGAUUGAAUUUGUAAGAAUUUUUCUUUAUGAUGUUUUUACUGAAGAAAUAAAGAUAUAUUUUAAAAAUG